AUGGGUCCCAUUCAAGCUUAUGAAGCUAAUUUGGACAAACAAUUGCGGUUUUACAAGUAUCGAAAAGAUACAUUACUAAAGGCAGCCAAGUAUAAGCAAGAUGAAGACAAAAUUCAGCACUUGAUUUCUUACUGGCGCACAGUGGCACAGUUUGCCUCAAGCUACGUAUUCAAUGAACGUUCGGUUGCCAUAAAUAAAAUGGGCGGAUUUCAAGAAUGGCAAAAACAGCAAUGGGAAAAGAAAAUGGAAAGGAAACAGGAAGAAAGAGACUCUUUGUGGGAACAAAUCUCGGAGGAGUUACAAGCAGCCUCGGUCGAAAACAAAAUUGCAGUGAUUGAACAACUUGCAGAGCUUGGAUUUGUGGUUUCAAUUGAUGGCGAGAUUUUGGAGAACUUGCAUGAAGAGAUCGAGGAAGAUCCUACAUUUUCAACAGAAUUUACCAUGAGAGAUUUGUAUAAGAUUUUGAAUCUAGAUUUCGAAUUAGUGCAUAUGUCACUCGAUACGGCAACUAUACUUGACGGCAUAGAUGAGGAGUAUCUCUUGAAACUAUUGUCAAGAUUUUGCCACGGUCUAGACACUGCUCACGUCAAACUUGAUGAUAUCGUUGCUUCAAUACUUUCUGGCUUGCCUGAUAGGAUCACAGUGCAAGAGAUUUACAACCUUGCAUCUGAAGUAAUAGCAAGCAGAAUAAUACACCAUCCGGACUAUGCAAUACUUGCAGGUAGAGUAGUUGCCCAUGUUUUGCAGAUGCAAAUACCUUAUACCUUCAGCGACAAUAUAAAACGACUAAAACAAGCCACAAACUCCCAGGGAACACCAUACUCACAAAUGUCGGAUAACUUUUAUGAAGUCAUCAUGAAGCAUAGAGAAGAAUUUGAUGAGAUUGUGGAAAAAACAGAGAAAAUAGAGUUAGCUUACUUUGGGAUCAAAACCUUGGAGAACUCAUAUCUAUGGAAAGUUGGCAACAAGAUAGCGGAAACACCAGAGUACAUGUUUCUUAGAGUUUCGAUAGAAAUUCACGGAGAGGAUAUACGAGCCGUGAGGGAAACGUAUGAGCUAAUGUCAAGAAAGCAUUUCAUACAUGCCCUGCCUACUUUAUACAAUGCAGGAUGCAAAUACAACUACCUCUCAUCCUGCUUUUUGCUAGCCAUGAAAGACGAUUCUAUUGAUGGAAUUUAUCAAACUCUCCACGAAGCUGCGUUAAUUUCCAAGGCUUCUGGAGGGAUCGGAAUCCACAUUCACAACAUUAGGGCGCAGGGCUCACAUAUUGCUAGCACCAAUGGGAGAGCAGGUGGAGUGGUUCCUAUGUUACGAGUUUUCAAUAAUACUGCAAGAUAUGUUGACCAAGGAGGAGGUAAAAGACCAGGAGCAUUUGCAAUAUACGUAGAACCGUGGCAUGCCGAUAUCUUUGACAUCUUGAAUAUGAGGAAAAACCACGGCAAUGAGGAACUUAGAACAAGAGACCUAUUUUAUGGAUUGUGGGUUCCUGAUUUGUUUAUGCAAAGAGUGAAAUCUGGUGGCGAUUGGUCACUAUUUUCUCCGGAUAUAGCGCCUGGAUUAAGUGACGUCUACGGAAGCAAGUUUGUUCAAUUGUACGAGAAAUAUGAAGCUCAAGGAUUGGCAACUGCAACAAUAAAGGCACAGAAACUUUGGCUUGCCAUUUUAGAGUCACAAACUGAGACAGGUGGUCCGUACAUGUUGUACAAGGACGCUUGUAAUGAGAAAACCAAUCAAUCUAAUCUAGGAACGAUAAAAUCAUCAAAUUUGUGCUGUGAAAUUAUAGAGUACUCCUCGCCAGAUGAAACUGCUGUAUGCAACUUGGCAUCCCUAGGCCUCCCUUCUUUUCUUAAAUCAACAGAUGAAAGCAUAGAGUUUGAUUUUGACAAGUUGCAUUCGGUGACAAAGGUUGUCACAAAGAAUAUGAACAAGGUUAUCGAUGUUACUCGAUAUCCGGUGGAGUCCGCAAGGGUGUCAAAUAAAAAGAAUAGACCAAUAGCUCUUGGUGUACAAGGUUUGGCAGACUUGUUACUCGACUUGAGAUUGCCAUUUGAUUCACAUGAGGCAAAGAAACUCAAUUCGCAAAUCUUUGAAACCAUAUACCAUGCCGCUGUAGAAGCAUCUGUUCAGUUGGCAAUGGAUGAGGGGCCAUAUUCAACCUUUGAAGGCUCGCCUGCUUCGAAAGGGAUUUUACAAUUCGACAUGUGGAACCACAAGCCCGAAUUUUUUGACGAUUGGGAACAGUUAAAAGCAAGGGCCAAGACUAUUGGUAUGAGAAACUCGCUUUUAGUAGCACCCAUGCCAACUGCAUCAACAUCGCAGAUUUUGGGUUUCAAUGAGUGCUUUGAACCGUACACGUCUAACUUGUACACCCGUCGUGUGAUUCUGGGAGAAUUUCAGGUGGUGAAUAAGUACCUUAUUAAAGACUUAGUGGAUUUGGGUAUAUGGAAUCCGGCAAUUCGGAACAAGAUUAUCCAAGACGGAGGCUCAGUCCAAAACAUAUCAGUGAUACCCGAAGAUAUAAAGAAACUAUAUAGAACCGUGUGGGAACUAAAGCAAAAGGACAUAAUAGAUAUGGCUGCAGAUAGAGGGAAGUUCAUUGACCAGCUGCAGAGUAUGAAUAUUUAUUUGCAAAACCCAACUAUAGGUAAGCUUACAAGCUGCCAUUUUUAUGCUUGGAAAAAGGGGUUGAAAACGGGCAUGUACUACUUGCGAACACAGGCCGCAUCGAGAGCAAUACAAUUCACCGUUGACCAAGAAGAAGUAGCAUUGGCAGAGAAGCAGCAAGUUCGGAAAAGUCUAAAGAGGAAAAGGUAUGUGGAAGUAACUCAAAAGAAAAGGAGUAUAUCUGCGUACGCGACUCCUGAUUCCGAGGUCUAUGACAUUCAUGACACGACGCCAGUAGCUUGCAAUAUAAGGGAUGCUGAUAACUGUGAGUCUUGCUCAGGGUAA